CAGCAGAGCGUGAAAAGCAGAAGUCGGAUCGCAGUUUCUGCUGAGCCAAGUAGAAUCAGUUCAGUGAUUUUCACAAUGCAGGCAACAUCCUAAUCAGUUCUACCCCAGUAACUGAGCGGACAAUGUACCUUUACCUGGCCCUGGUUGUUCUGCCUGUUGGGUGUGUUGCAGUAUUGCAGCUUCAACUGGACACGAGGGAGCAGGUGAAACUGCAAGGCGAGAGCUAUUCAGUUGACUGCAUUGGAAAGGCAGAAUCUCUGGAUCUAUCAGUGAAAUGGGUUCAUCCACACUCUUCUGCCAUUGUCUCCAUUCAGCGAUACUACAGCAAUCUGUUCACCAUAAGAGCAAGGCUGCACAUUGAUGCUGUGAAUGGAAGUGAUUCGGGAAAUUUCACCUGCAUUGUGAAAGGAAGGAUGGAGACGCGAUCUGCAGUGACAAUGCUGCGGGUCAUUGAGAAUGCGUAUGUGCAAAUCUUUACUGAUCAGGAGACUAAUCUGGAAGCAGAUGCUGGGGACAGUCUCCGGCUCCGGUUGGGAGUUGAAUCUUACCCUAAACUAAAGCAGCAUCAAUGGAUCUAUGAGACCAUGAACAAUAGUGCUGACCACAAGUCAACGUUCCUUGAAAAACACAACAGCUAUGAGUGUUCCCUCCUUUUGGUGCGGCUGAAGGAAAGCGAGAGUGGCACAUACACGUUCUUUGCGUCGAAUGGAGAAGCAAACUCAUCCCUGACCUUCCAUUUAUUGAUAAAUCAAAAGCCAACCGUGACCAUCGAGAAGGAUGCUGCAUUCCACUGCCUUGCCAGUGGGUUUCCUGCUCCAACUAUUCACUGGUACCAGUGUCCACCACACAGAGACAGGUGCACAGAAAAUGGAAUCAUGCACCCCCACAACCCGAUCCCCCAGACAAAGAUGUUCGUUGUUUCUGAGACUCUGUACGGACGGACAAAGGUGGAGAGUGUGCUGUCAGCUCACGAGGUGAAGCCUGGUUCCCUGUUAGAAUGUUACGCAUUCAAUAAAGCUGGAGGAAGUUCCUUUUCCAUCUCAAUCCCUGAUCACCCUGUCACAAAUGCUCUGUUCACUCCUUUACUCUCGGGUGCAGUGGCAGUAGCAGUUCUACUGCUCAUCUUCCUUCUUCUGCUGCUCUACAAGUACAAACAGAAACCAACUUAUGAGGUCCGUUGGAAGAUCAUUGAGGCGGUGAACGGGAAUGAUUAUACUUUCAUUGAUCCCACCCAGCUCCCGUACAAUGAGAAAUGGGAGUUCCCCAGGGAGAAACUCUGCUUUGGUAAGAUCCUGGGAGCUGGAGCAUUCGGGAAGGUUGUCGAGGCCACUGCCUAUGGAUUGGGCACAGAGGACUCAGCCACCAAGGUGGCCGUAAAAAUGCUCAAACCCAGUGCCCAUUCCACUGAGAAAGAGGCCUUGAUGUCAGAGCUGAAGAUCCUGAGCCACCUCGGACAGCACAUGCAUGUUGUUAACCUUCUGGGAGCCUGUACACUUGGAGGCCCAGUUCUUGUCAUCACGGAAUACUGUUGCUAUGGCGAUUUAUUGAACUUCCUGAAGAACAAGGCCCAGUACCUGGUCUGUGGCGAUGCACUGAAUGAUUAUAAGAAUUUGAUGCACAACACAAAGCCCCUGAGCAACUGCUCAGGGGGUUAUCUGCCCAUGAGGCCCAGGUUGUCCAGUAUGAGCCCAAUGAUUUCUCAAACAGAUCCCUUAACUAUUGAAGAAGAUGAAGACCCAUUGCCGUUAAACAUUGAGGACCUUCUGAGCUUCUCCUACCAAGUUGCUACUGGGAUGGAUUUCCUGUCCUCGAGAAAUUGCAUUCACCGUGACCUGGCUGCAAGAAAUGUUUUACUGACCGAGGGACAGAUUGCCAAGAUUUGUGACUUUGGGUUGGCAAGAGACAUCAUGAAUGAUUCCAACUAUGUAGUCAAAGGCAACGCACGGCUCCCAGUGAAGUGGAUGGCUCCAGAGAGUAUUUUCGAUUGUGUUUACACAGUGCAGAGUGACGUCUGGUCCUAUGGCAUCCUGCUCUGGGAAAUUUUCUCAUUGGGUUCGAGUCCGUAUCCAGGAAUUCCUGUGGACAGCAGGUUCUACAAACUGAUAAGGAGCGGAUUCCAGAUGGACAGACCCAGUUCUGCAACUCCAGAAUUGUAUGACAUCAUGACAAAGUGCUGGAAUCUGACUCCCACAGACAGACCAACCUUUGAUCAGAUUGUGAAGCUGAUCUAUAAGCAGAGGAGCGAAUUCGUGGAGGAGGAUUACGCCAAUCUACCCUCCAAAUGUGAGGUCCCAGAACGUCCCACCGUCCAGUCUCCAGAUCAUUCUAACUGUGAGACUGUUGAUGAGACGGUGUUACUGAUCAAUCCUUACAGCAAGGUCUGAAAGCUAGACCCACACAACCACCAACCUGACAAAGUUAAAACUGAUUAAACUGCAGUCAUCUCUCACUCUUCCAGGAGACUUCUUCAAUCUUCCGUUCCCAAGACUCAGUGCCUUUUAAUUCUGCUUACCUUGAUGUUUUUGCAAUGUUUACUGAUUGAAUUGUUGCAGAUUUAUUUCUACACGCAGAAGGGAUUAACUUGAUGCGUUGUCCGUUAAAUUGAAGAGAUAGUCAGGCAGAUAUUUGAGAGAGAGAGGGUACCUUCUGAAAAUAAUCUGGUUGUGUGUGUUCUUUUUUGUGUUCUCCAGAAGUUCUCUUUAAUUAAGACAGAGCAUUAUCAUAACUUUAAACUUGUAAUGGAAAAUAGCAAGGGCAUUAUUGGGCAUGGGGUCUAAGAGGUUGUAACUAAAUCCCAGGCUCAGUUUACACAAUUAAAGCACAUGUGCAUUAAAAAAGACUCCUGGGAAAAGGGUCAUUGUCUGCAGAACAGGUACCAUAGACCCACAAUUAGAACAUACCUGGAUUCAAUAUUUUCACUAACAGUGCUUAGGCAAAGAAGUAACUUUGAACUUUUGUAUUAAUUAUUAUGUAGUAUUUUUCAACUGCUUUCAAAAUGCUCAGUGAGAAUUGGACUUCAUUUUAUUUUUAAACUGGGGAAUCCUGCCUGAAAUAUUUAAACAUGAUAAUUAAUUUGCUUAUUUAGAAUACUAACACUUAUCCUCUGAAACAGGGAAAUGGAGUACUGUGAAGUUGAGAUUAGGAGAUAGCAGAGAUUAAACUGAUGUAUAACUAUAAAUCCAGUAAUUUAGUUCAUGUCAAUUCAACCUGUCCUUGUAAUUUAACCCUUUAGGCCUUGGUAUAAUUUUAUUGAAUUAGUGCCACAAUACCACAAUCAAAUGGAAGCAAGUACAUACAGUCUCAUUGAAAUGCUCAUACCCUUCCUUCUUCUCAAUUCAACAGCACUGUUGGAGUGUUAGCAGGGAGUCUGAAAUGAAAGGGUCUAUUGAAUUGUGUGUGAAGCAUCCUAAGAACAAACUGUUCUCAAAUUGCUCCCAACAGAAAUGUCGAAACAUAGAAAACAGGUGCAGGAACGGGCCAUCCGGCCCUUCAAGCCUGCACCACCAUUCAAUAUAACCCUGGCUGAUCAUGCAAUUUGAGUAGCCCAUUCCUGCUUUCUCUUCAUAGCCCAUGAUCCCUUUAGCUGCAAGGGCCAUGCCCAGCUCCCUCUUGGAUAUAUCUAAUAAACCCAGUGCCAAUAGCUUCCUGUGGGAGAGAAUUUCACAGGUUCACAACUCUCCAAGUGAAGAAAUUCUUCCUCAUGUCAGUCCUGAAUGGCCUACCCAAAGCAGUCAGAGAAUCACUUACAGACCAAUAGAUCGGGGUUGAAGUCCCAUUGAUACCAGAGAUGUGUCAUAUCAUGUUGAUGAAAAAAAAUGUUGAGAAUCAUUCCAUGCAGAAGGAAGCAUUUGAUCCAUCAAACCUGUGCCAGCUGUCUGGAAGAGCUAAAAUAGUAUCAGAGAUAAUGGGAACUGCAGAUGCUGGAGAAUCCAAGAUAACAAAGUGUGGAGCUGGAUGAACACAGCAGG